AUGCCCGUGAAGAACAGAUACAACCUGGUAGAUGAGGGUUGCGAUUCACGGCUCCCGCUGCACAGCGAAGAAGCCUUUCAGCACGGGAUCCAAUUCCAGGCCAAGUACAUUGGGAGUUUGGAUGUGCCCAGACCCAACAGUCGCAUGGAGAUUGUGGCCACCAUGAGAAGGAUCCGGUGUGAAUUCAAAGCAAAAAACAUUAAGAAAAAGAAAGUCAGCAUCGUGGUGUCUGUUGAUGGUGUGAAGGUCAUUCUCAGGAAGAUGCAGAAGAGGAAGGAGUGGGCCUGGGAAGAAAGCAGAACACUGGUGAUGCAUGACCCUGUUUACAGAAUCUUCUAUGUGUCCCAUGAUUCUCAAGACCUGAAGAUAUUCAGCUACAUUGCCAGGGAUGGGAACAACAACUCCUUCCGGUGCAACGUAUUUAAGUCUAAGAAGAAGAGCCAGGCCAUUCGAGCAGUGAGGACAGUGGGCCAGGCCUUUGAAGUUUGCCACAAGCUAAGCCUACAACACCCUCUACCCAGUGCUGAUACAGCCAACCGCCAGCCCACAGAGAAGAGGCCUCAAGCAGCAUAUCACCUAGAAGGAAGGAAACUAAGAGAGGAGGACGGGGCCGACGGGGACUCUGAUAGAGCUGUUCGGAGGGAGCAGACCAGCCAUGUAAAACUGGAAAAGGAAAGACCCAGAGAGUUAUGCCGCUGUGUCCAGGACAUUGGAGCUGGCUCUGCCCACCCUGCAACUGCUCAGCCAUGGUCACCCUCUAGAAACCUAGAAUCCUCCCCCAAGGCAUCAGCCAUGCCAGUAACACCGAUGUUGACUCCACAUUGCACACAGCUCCUCCACCACCAGCUUCUCCAGCAAUGGCAGCAGGCUCAAGUAGCCACUGCCCAGGUACAGCUUCUCACAGACCAACUGGCUGCAGAGACAGCUGCCAGAGUGGAGGCCCAGGCCAGGAUCCAUCAGUUACUGCUGACCAAUCGGGACUUGCUCCAGCACAUGGCACUGCUGGGUCGGCAGCUGAGAGAGCUAGAGGAAAGAGCUUGGGGCCGGCCUAAUGGUGGCCAUUCUCUGCAGAGCUUCAGCCUUAGCUUGGACCGGGCCUCCACCCUGGGUCCCAGGGCCCACAGGAGCCAGGACACUGUGGGAAAGGUUAGCCUGACUUUGAGAAGUAGGCAUCUGCCUGGGCUCAGCCAGAGAGAGGAAGACUCCAAGGAGACUGAACAGGGAGGGAGUCCCUCCAGUAUCACAACCAAUAAGGAUAGGCUGCUGACAUCACCAUCCAUUCCGAAGCUUCACCCUCCACCCCCCACACUCAAGAAGAGGUUGACCAAGACUUCCCUCAGUCUGGACUCAGAGCCUGACCCGGGACAACCAUCCUCCUUUGGAACUCCAGACUCAGUGAGCAAUGACACCUUGGAGGAGGCCAAAGCUGGGGCCACUCAGUUGCACCUCUCACCCACAAUCUUCCCAUCUGGGGUCAAUGACACGAUCUUGCACAUCAGCUUCUCUGAUGAGGAUGAGGAGGAUCCAGCCAUUGAGGCUCACGUUCCUGCAUAAACCCACCCCCUGGCUCUCUCCUCCCUCCCUUUCUUUCCCUUCUUCUGGA